AUAAAUAAAAUACAGCAAACCACCAAGACCGGCGCUUCCUGAUCUAACCUUAUAUGACAGUGGACCCCACUCCUCUCCAUCCUUCCACCUUCCUUCUUCUCCCACGUGCUUUUUAUCUUCCCACUUAUUUAACCCCCCAAACUUAUCGCCUUCCCCCGACACUACAAUGGCACUCGUACGCCAGCGACGCCAGCUCAAUCUCCGCCUCCCCAUGCCCGAAGUCUCAGACCAGCGGCCUCGCUUUGCUCUCCCACUCCCUCCCUCAGCCACCGCGCUCCCCAAUCCCGCUUGGUCCAACGUCUUACUGACUGAUCUGGAGAAGCUUCAAGUCCUCGGCCAUGGCAACGGCGGCACAGUCUACAAGGUACAGCACAAGCGCACCUCCAAAAUCUACGCCCUCAAAAUCGUCCACGGCGACAACGACCCCACUGUUCGGAGGCAAGUUUUGAGAGAAAUGGAUAUCCUCCGCCGCACCGACUCCCCGCACAUCGUACGGUGUCACGGGAUCCACGAUAAGCCUUCGGGUGACAUCGCGAUUGUCCUGGAGUACAUGGACGCUGGCACUCUGGAUUCUCUCCUUCGUGGAAACGGUACCUUCUCGGAACCGGAACUGGCUCACGUCGCCAGACAUAUUCUCAAGGGUUUGAGUUAUUUGCACAGCAAUAAAAUCAUUCAUCGCGACAUUAAACCCUCCAAUUUGUUGGUGAACAAGAAAAUGGAAGUUAAAAUCGCUGAUUUCGGCGUUAGCAAAAUCAUGUGCCGGACGUUGGAUCCCUGUAAUUCCUACGUCGGCACCUGCGCAUACAUGAGCCCGGAGAGAUUCGACCCGGACACUUACGGCGGUAAUUACAACGGGUAUGCAGGGGAUAUAUGGAGCUUGGGGCUUACUUUGAUGGAGCUUUACAUGGGUCAUUUCCCCUUUCUGUCGCCCGGCCAAAGACCCGAUUGGGCAACCCUGAUGUGUGCUAUAUGCUUCGGGAAUCCACCGAGCUUGCCGGCGGGAGUAUCCGACGAGUUCCGCGGCUUUAUUGAGUGUUGCUUGCAGAAGGAAUCGAGUAAGAGGUGGACGGCCACCCAGCUCUUGGGUCACCCGUUUCUGUGCAAACAUCCGAUAUCCAACAAGUGAAACCAGUUGCUUGACCCAAAAACCCAAGUAGAUUUUUUGUGGGUAAUUUUGGGGAAUCCGACAGAGUUUUGUACUCUUUUGUAAAUACAAGUCGGAUCGAAAAUUUUCCUUUAAUUAAUUUAUUUCUUUCGUUGGUACGCUAUUGUAAAUACAAGUUGGAUAAAGGCUUCAGCAGUACAUUCGCUGAUGAUAAUGAAAAAAUUAGAUUUAU